GUUCAUAAUAUCUUUCGAAGAAGUUUUUUGGAUUGAUGUGAGAAACUCUUCUCAAGAAAAUUUCGUAAAAAUGGCAAGUUUGUGUGGUCGUUUGAUCUCCAAUGUUGUUCGCCGUAGAUUAAUUGUGGCACCGGCCAUUCAAUAUCGGCAAAAAUCAACCAAGCUGCCGGAUCCCAUUGACCAUGCAACUGGUUUGGAAAAGAAAGAAUUGCUUGCUGCCCUAGCUGGUAAUGAUGAUCCGUACUACAAUAAAGCCAUCAAACGUGGUGUUGGUACCAAAGAAAAGCCAACAUUGAUUCCAUCAGCCUUUGAUGCUCGUAUUCUUGGGUGUAUAUGCCACGAAGAUCAAACUUAUGUUCAAUGGAUGUGGCUUCAUAAGGAUGUACCCAAGCGAUGUGAGUGCGGUCAUUGGUACAAACUGUAUUAUGUCGAACCUUUUGUUGAUGAAUCCAUUCUUGCGAUGUCUGAUGUUCAUUAGGAUUGUCUAGGGAAGUUUCAAUACAUACCUUGAAUUCAUAGAUUGAAAUGUACUUUAAAAGAAAUUAUCGAUUGAAUAAAUUUACGGAAAUGUA